AUGGCUAGCACGGCUGCAAAAGGAGACCACACUGACUUUGAAAGAGGAGUGGUUGUUGGGGCGCGUUUGGCGGGAGCUUCAGUGACCAAGACAGCUCAACUUGCUGAUGUUUCACGAGCAACGGUGUCUGAGAUAAUGUCAGCAUGCAACUCUGAGGGAAAAACAUCAUCAACAAAGGGCAACAGUGAGCGGAAGCAUGUACUCCAGGAUCGUAAUGUCCGUGCAUUAAUUCGAACUGCAAGACAAAACAGGCGAGGAACCGCAGAUCAAUUGACCACAGAUUUCAAUCAGGGGCUAGAACAGCUAAUUUCGUCAAAAACGGUCCACUGA